AAGCAAGAAAUAAAGGGGCCGAUAGUCACACGAGAUACUUACAUGCAUGUCUACGAAAGAGAAAGAGACAAGAUGCCACUCUUUGUCGUGAAUGCUUAUUACACAGGUACUAAUAUAACGGACUCUAAAAUAUCUGCUCACUACACUAUACUUUUUGCUAAACCCAUGUGCUUCAUCGUGGCUACACAACAAGUUACUGUGACAAGUACUGGAAACAGAAUUGAUCGUAGACAAGAACUUCAGCGUGCUUACUUUGGAGGACAGCAUUUGCGCCAGAGAAGUAUCGACCUCCAUGCAGAGAAGCAUUCAAGAGACACUGCGCAAGAUAUCACGGGUACAAAUUUACUUACACAAGAAGCAUUUGCGGGCCUUUUAACUAUACAAUGCUAUCCUUGCCAGUCACAGCAAAAGUGAAAUGAAUAAAAACUUUGUCUGCGCUGAC